AUGUUGCUGUGGUUGGACAAGAUGAUUCGUAUGGAAGAAGUGGAGCAUGGGCAGUGGUUAGCGAAAGUUCGUCAAGGAAGAGCUCGUUCUGUAUUGCUUUUUACGGAGUUUAUACGCCUCGAAAGUCUGCAUCUGAGUGUUCAGAACAUAGUUCAAAAGCUUAAACAGAUGGACAAUGUCAAAGUUGUGAUCUUAUGGUUAUACGAGAAUUACCAAACGAAGUUUUUGGCAGAGGUUCAGAGGCAAAACUUAACUGGACGUGUGUGGAUUUUGAGUGAGAUUCAUUUAACUUCUAAACUGCCAGUAAAAGGUAUUCUCGAGAGCUCUUUAGGAUUUCAAUUCCAUAAAUUCAGCGACUCUGGCUUCAAGGAAUAUUUAAAAGAAAUAUUGGUCAAGGAGAAAGACGAUAGAAGUUUUUCUGAAUGGAACCACAUUACAAGCGAAAAAUGGAAGUUCUUGAAGAACAUGAAGUGUGUUCAUCGCCAAAUUGAGCAGUGCUCUAACGAGUUGAUUAAAGAAGUCUACAGCCCCUAUGUUCCGUACAUCAUUGACACCGUAUAUGCAGUGGCACACGCACUAGAUAUUUUCAAUCGAAAUUUUAGCUAUGACGAGACCAAAGAUCGGGCGAAAUUGCAGAUAGCCAAUAGUUUUGACGUGCAGAAGCUUCUUGGCCGCGUCAGUUUUGACGGACUAACUGGAAAAAUCAAGUUCGAUCAAUUUGGCGACAGGAGCUCGGCGUAUUACGACAUUUUCAGCUUUAAAAAUGUACCCAAUGGAGAUGUCGAGAGCGUAGAGAUGGUGCUGAUAGGAGAAUGGAAAAUUCACAGAAAAACGAAACUCGCUUGA